UGUCAAUUUGUCAUAGACCGAAUGAAGUUGAGAAUUUACGUAAUCUCUUUAAGAACGAGAACAGAAACAAAGUUACUUAAUUUUAUAUAACAAGAUAAUCCUAUUUAGACACAAAAUGUUUGGUCGAUUGGGAAGAAAACAUGCAGAAAUCGCAGCAAGUUACAUGUCCACAGCAGUCGGUUAUGGAGGUGGAGCUUUCCUUGGGUUGCUGUACUUCACUGAUUGGAAGGUGUUCGUGACUUACAUCCCAUUCUACAAUGGCAAAUUUAAAGGACUUGAACAAACCGAAGAAUGAAACUGUCUUGAUUACGUUUUUGUUAAUUUAAAUAGUAAUUAUAAGUUAUAGUUCAUGUG